UUUGGGGUCGGCGGGGAAGCGCUGCUCGCGGGGGCCGGAAUUAGAAAGGCGGAGGAUAAAGGAGCUGUCCUAUCAUUAAGCGUCUUCUUUGGGGCCCAGCCAAAGAGAAUGACUUCCGAGGAAUACAGACCCCUUUUGGAUCCUAACCCAGAGACAGAAUUGCAUGCUGCUGGAAGACCCUCUCAGCUGGAGAUUUAUUUGAGCAAAGUCCAAAACCGCAAUCUCUACUUGGCUACCUUUGCCGCUGUCUUAGGUCCGUUAAGUUUCGGCUUCGUCCUGGGGUACAGCUCGCCAGCUAUCCCUAGUUUGAAGCGAAGCAACGACCCAGAAUUGAGACUAGAUGACACACAAGCAUCAUGGUUUGGAUCUGUGGUCACGCUGGGGGCUGCAGCUGGAGGGACCCUCGGAGGAUACGUGGUGGACAAAAUUGGCCGGAAACUUAGCCUGAUGCUCUGCACGAUCCCAUAUGUGUUUGGUUUCUUGAUCAUCGUCGCGGCCCAAAACAUCUGGAUGCUUUACCUGGGACGGCUGCUGUGUGGCUUGGCCAGUGGCGUCACAUCCUUGGUAGUUCCGAUCUAUAUAUCCGAAACGUCUCACUCCAAGAUCCGAGGAGUCCUGGGCUCGUGCGUUCAGCUGAUGGUAGUGACAGGCAUCCUGGGAGCUUACCUAGCAGGCACGGCGCUGGCGUGGCGCUGGCUGGCGGUGCUGUGCUGUAUCCCUCCCUGUUUCCUGCUGGUCCUCAUGGCUUUCAUGCCCGAAACGCCUCGCUUCCUGCUACGCCAGAAUCGGCAGCCGGAAGCCAUCGCCGCUUUGCAAUUCCUGCGGGGCCCACUGGUGGAUCACGAGUGGGAAUGCCGGGAGAUCGAAGCCAACGCCGGCGAACAGCAAGACAUGAGCCUUGCUGAGUUCAAGAACCCUGCCAUCUACAAGCCCUUCCUGAUCGGAGUGGCGAUGAUGUUCUUCCAGCAAGCGUCCGGGAUCAACGCCUUGAUGUUUUAUGCAGAAACCAUCUUUGAAGAUGCCAACUUUAAGAACAGUAGUGCCGCUACCGUCAUUGUUGGCUCUAUCCAAGUCUUCUUCACAGCAAUGGCCGCUCUCAUUAUUGAUAAAACCGGGCGAAAAAUUCUUCUCAUCAUCUCAGGAGUUAUCAUGACUGCCAGCGCGACGGUGUUUGGGAUCUAUUUCAGAAUCACCGGCCCCAGCCCCAGCAAUUCUUCCCAUCUCCAGUUGCUGAAGAGCCCCCUGGACACCCCCCUUGUGGAGGAAGGACACCCCCUGGCCUGGUUAGCAGUGCUGAGCAUGAGUUUCUUCAUUAUGGGUUUUGCCUUGGGCUGGGGCCCCAUCCCCUGGCUGGUGAUGUCUGAAAUCUUCCCCCUGAGAGCCCGAGGGAUAGCCAGCGGGGCCUGCGUCCUCACCAAUUGGCUCAUGGCUUUCCUGGUCACCAAGGAGUUCCACAACCUCACGGUCCUCCUAACUCCUUAUGGGACCUUCUGGCUAUUCUCGUCCACCUGCUUGCUCAACGUGGUCUUCACCCUUUUCUGUGUUCCGGAAACCAAAGGGAAAAGCCUAGAAGAGAUAGAGGCACAUUUCCGCGGACCGCGUUAAAACUUUUGCACGCAAGAUUUUAUUCCCCCCCCCCAUCGUGGAUUUCACUCAAUUGGUGGUUUGAAGACAUUGGUUGGCAAGGCCAAAAACCUUCCGUUCUUUCCGUUUAUCCCAGGAGCUUGGC